AUGUUUGAUAUAAAUUUCUCGAUAGCUUAUUGGCUGUCCACUUAUUAUCACAUAAUUGGUGUAAUUUCUAUGAUAGUGGAUUUAUUUUCUAUUUACCUAAUAUUAUUCAAAAGUAACAAACUCGACAAUUUCCGCUACUUCCUGCUCAAUUUCCAGGUGCAGUUAAAUUUUGAAAAAAAUAUAAUUUUUAGAGAACAUGAUUUUCAGAUUUCAUGUGUUUUUACGGAUAUUUGCGUGACGUUUUUGUUCCAGCCAGUUCCGUUGUAUCCCUUGUUGGCUGGGUAUAAUAUGGGGAUUGGGGUCCGGUAUGGAGCAAGUUUGCAUGUUGGAAUAGCAUGUAUAACCUUCCUACUUUGUUAUCAAAUAGGAAGUAUGAUUAUUUGCUUUGUCCAUAAACAUCAAACAAUUGCGGGGACAUUGAAAAAGUUCAAUAUUCCAAAAUAUUUAUUGAUUCUCAUGUUUGCCUAUUUCCCAGCCUACACCGUCAGUGUCGCAAGCAUUUAUUCUAGGCUCAGUGUUCCGGAAUCUUUGAAAUUUGAAUUUGUAGCCACUACGUACCCCGACCUGUUACCCGAGUUCAAGUCUCUUCCCAACUUUUCCAUCUACGAUUUCUCCGUGCAUUUUAAAAUUUUCAUAAUCUACGCAAUCACCGGGGGAUCUAUUGGAUUUAUUGUUUUCAGCUUAGUCUUAUUAAAUAUUAUCCGUAUGCUCAGCCAGCUCAGACUGAAAAUCUCAAAGUCAAACUACCAAAAGCACCGGAACGCAAUUUGGAGCCUGUUGGCUCAAUUUGCAACGUCAUCGACAAUUUUUCUACCGCCAAUUGUAUGUAGUUUUGUCAUUUUGCUGGGGUUUAAUGGGUCUCAAGUAAUCGUAGAAACAUUUCUGGUACUUGCCUGUCUUCAUUCUUUGAUCAAUGUAUUGGUUCUCGUGGUCACCUGUCCGCCUUAUAGGAAAUUUGUGAUAAGUUUGGUUAGAAAAAGUUGA